GUUUAAUUCAUCAAUUCGGGCGCUAGUCACAACUUGCUUGUUUUCCCGUGAUAAGUUCAAAGAUUUUAUAUGGUACCUCCUACUAAACGUAAGGUUUUUAAUGGACAGAAACUCAAACCAAUCAUAAAGUUACUGCGUUCUCGUGAAUUAGGCACGAGUCAGUACAUUGGUACGGGUCAGAUACCAGAGUCUUCAUCUAAGUUUCCAUUCGUGUGGCAAAGACGCAGUCUGGAUCCUGGCCAUAGAAAUAAAAUCUUCGCCUGUCAGUGGAUUACGAAUAACCAUGUUGUCUAUGGUACAAAAUGUAACAAUUUAGUUCUAUAUGACUGCACCUCAAAUGAAAGCUUUGACAUUCCUUUGAUAAAAUCAAAUACUCCAUAUGCAAAUCAAAUUAAUCCUUGUGCUUGUGGUAUUCAUUCCAUUCAACUCAAUACAUCGAAAACGUUUGUAGCUACGGGGGGAGAUAAUGUCAACCAUAUCGGAGUCUAUAGAUUGUCGGAAUUUUCUCCUCACUGUUUACUUUGCGUAAGUCAAAGUCUCUUGUUUUGAACAGUGAUAUGAUUAGAUAUGAGUUCACAUUGAUGAAUUCUGGUCGUUCUAAACUAGAUGCAGACUUACUGAGCUAUCUUCACCGUGACACACGUGGUGAUAAACGUCAAAUUACGUAGCAGGAGAUCAAUUAAGAUGAGGGAGACUCAUUUGCUAUCCAUUUGAAUUUUUCUAAAAUACUAUUACCUUUAUUGACUAACGGGCUUUUGUACUCAACCUUGAGACACGCUUUAUAUGUGGAGGUUGGUCAUUAAUACCCUGCUACUGAGGAAAUUAGGUGAAAUAGGAGUUGAAGUUCCAUCCUGGUGGUUGGAAUCCGAACAAAUCUACCAUUAUGUCCUCUCCAUCAACUCUUCGGUUGCACGUUAAAGGUCUCACCGUGAACGCAAUGCCUUUAUUUUAUGAAACUACCAAGGUAAGCUGACCUUUCUGACUAAGAACUCAGAGGUUUUUACAAGCCAGAAGAGUUCGAAUUACACAGGACUAGUGCACAUCCGUACAGUGUUCUUCGUCGCUUCAUGUGCAUGUGCGUCACCUAAAUCAAUCAGUAUGCCGGUACAUUCCUAUACAUUCGCAAACACUAUAGGUAUAACAAUUAAUAGUUAACAUGGCAAUGGUAAAUAGCUGAGGGUGACAAAUAGUCUUCACGCUCUUAUGAUUAUACCUUAAAAAUAAAAUAAGGUAUUCGUCACCUAGUGCACCUAAUCAGAUGUCGGUAAUAAACGGUACACUAAAGCUAUCCACCGGGCUUUCAAGAGUAGCUUCUAGUUGAAGGCUUCUUGUGUUUGCGUGGAGUUCCAGUUUAGAAAUUUGUUCCAGUUCAUCAAGUUAUAAUUUUCAAAGUACUUCAUUUUAACCGUUAGCACCAUUCAUCUUUACACUGAACGUACUUCAAAACUGGACAUUCAAACUUUUACAUUGUUACUAUGUUGUACUUAACAGUACUCAUAUACUGUGUAUGUGCUCAAAAUAAAGGUUUGAAAUAUUUUGUCUUCAAAUUCCGCAUAUAUAGUUAUUUUAUAAAUCAUUUUGACCAAUUAUUACACAAAAAAUCAAUAUUAAUUUUUUAUAACCGACUGCAGGCGUUUGAGUUAGUUUUUAUUCCCUAAAUUUAAUUUUUAGGAUUGCCAUAAUGAUUGGGUUUUUGACUUACGGUGGCUAGAUGAUACCUGUUUAGCGUCAUGUUCACGAGACUCAUCGUUAGCUUUAUGGCGGAUUCCGUCUUCUGAACAAUACCCUAACAAUGACAACAGAAUAUACCGAAGUGCCGGCGCCGCACCAGAUUCAUCUGUAUUCCAUAUCCGACGUCCUAUCGCGUACGCCAUGUCAUCUACACCUGAUGAUCGUUUUCGUGCUUUGGAGUAUCUUCCGACUCAGACAAGCCUUGCAGUUGUUUCAAUGUCGCGUCGCCUGUACUUAUAUGAUGCUGUUCGAAUGGGUCUGGAUAAACGGACACGUCCGAUUUACACUUUAGUUUUGAGAGAUGCUUAUCAGGUUGGUUUAUACCUAUACUGUAAAUUUACCAUAACGUUUAUUAUUAACGUACAUUGUAAGUAGCAAUACUGUUUGGACGUCAGUUCACUUGAAUAUUAAAUGACCGUGUUGCAUACUGAGAGAGAAUAACAUUCAAGGGUUGUGAAAUUUAUUAAGAAUGAUGAGUUAUGGAAAACAACCUCUUUGGUGUAUAGAACUUUAAGUCACGUUUUUAAUAGAAGCCACUGACGCUGAUCGUAUCGUAUCGUAUCGAAUAAUGUCAGUUAUUGUGUGAAAUUUAAAUCGUCGUGGAGUAAGUAUAUGUACAGAUGUGGAAUGUCUAACUUCCAUAGGUUUCACCUGGUCAUUCUGAGUUAUGGCGCUGCCAUGCAAAUAGUAAAUUGCCAACAUUCUUCAAAUGUAUGAUCUUUGAUGCUCAAGCUUUUGUAACUUCGAUGUUUUUCAAUUUUAUUGAAGAGAAGAGAUAGCUAUGCUGGAACAACACUUUUGCAUGAUCCGGUAUAACGGUAAAAUAACAUAAAUAGUUUUCAGUUAAUCCCCUUUUGUAGUAUAACUGUUAGGUUAGACAAGUUUUCUAGUUUCGAGUGUGGCUUCAUUAAACAAACAUAAUAAUCAAAUACGCACUUUCUGCAAAACUUAAAGUAUGCAUGUUUGUUCGUUUUAAGAUGUAUUCACUUAUUUGAAAAUAUUGACUGUUGAUUAAAUCCCCCAACAUUUAAAAUACACCUACCAAAAAACUAAACUAUUAGGCUUCAAUAUAAGCUUUAAAAAUCUGUACUUUUAUUUAUCUUUGGCAAGUGUAUUUAAUAUUUAGUGGGCACAAAUCGGAACUUUCUAGGCACCAUCAAGAUUCAGCUCAACCACAUUAUUUUGAAAGCACUUUCAAAUCACAAAUGUUCACUUGUCUGCAGUUUUGUGUUACCUAUCUUUUACAGUCGUGGGCAGCAGACGUGUUUUAGAGCGUUCCGCACUGUUUUGCUGUAUUUACAUUUUGGUGAUUAUGAUCCACGUUGAUUCACUUUUAUUCAAUAAAAUAAUACAGAAAGGAAAGAAUACUAAAAGUAUGGUAAGAUUAAAGUGGAUAUAAAAAAACCAAUGUGAGUCGAUAAUUGAGAAUACUUUGUCUACUAAACACAAAAUAACUAUUAAGUCUGUCAACACCAUUGCGAAUAAUUCUGAAUGACUCAUAUCUCAUGUAGAAGUAAGAUGCAUGUAAUACAGACAUUCGUUAAUAAAUGAUAAUCAUGUAAACAGUCAGAUAAUAAAAACUUAUACGACUACUAAAUUUUUAUAAGUUGUGGGUUUUCUUCGUCCAACUGUUGAUCUCAGCCAAAUAAUCUUAUUCUUUUCUUGCAAACGACGUGAUGAUCGAAUAUAAUGAAAACAAACUAAACAAACCUAAUGCGAAACUGCUCUGCCUCAUUGCGCCUUACUGCUAUUUUCAUCAUUUGUUUCAGGUUCUAAUGCUUUUUUAAAAGCUACCUCAAUUGUAAAAACUAUCAGUAAUAGUAAUUUCAGUUCACUUCAAGUCGCUGAAAUUUAUUGGUUCUUCUAUUUUAAAUCUCAUUUUAGGAAGCUGUAGCUCUUCGACGUUGGCCAUCUGAACCUAAUUGCAUAGCACUUGCAACUCAUCAUUGUGUACUUUUGUUCGAUAUUCGAUGUUCUACAGUCAAGGUUGGAGCUGCAGCACGCUGUAUACUUCCUCCCUUAGAUGUAUCAGGUGUCCGGUCUUUGAACUUUGCUGAAUCAGUUUUGUCUUAUGGCACUUCCAGUGGUCAAGUGCACUUUUAUGACCUUAGAAGUGAUCAUCAUCUGCCAAUACAGUUGGACGUUGGUCCUGGUUGGUUGAAACCACAAACAUGUGAUGAAUUUGAGAUACCGUCUGUUGUGUCCUCUUCAGUUGCCCCAAUUUCCAGACCGGUUUCACAACCUCAAGCAAUAGUUCAAAGUUCUAACUGGAAUGCACCUUCUCCGCCACCUUCCCCUGCACAUCCAGCUCUUUUGACACGGUCUCUAAAUACUGUUCGUUCAUCACAACUUAGGGCUGAAGUUGUUAACAAUAUACGUGUUCGUUUAGACAGAAUCCAACAUCGUCUGUCAAGUUUACGUAGUCGGCGUGGCUUGGCAGUGGCUGGAGCUUUAAACACCCACCCAUUUGUCGAGGCGUCGGUGUCUGACAGGUCGAGUUACGCUAAUAUUCGAAGUGAUACAUAUCAACAGAAUACCACUACAGAGGAUGGUAAUGAUUCUUCAUUAUCUGAAUCAUACUUCCCAGUCGAUGACCUCCAGUCAACCACAAAUAAUGAGACUGCGACGGUGGAUUCUCUGGAUGGUAAUAAUCAAAGUUCAAGUGAAGCAAAUGAAGUUGAUACACCUUCUACACAUGUAGUAAUGCCUUUUGGUUUACCACGUUUACAAAUCCGUGAUCCACAUUUAGGACCUAUUUUUUUAGGAAUGAAUUAUUUUGGCAAUAUUCAUUCUGAUUUUGUAUCUUUUCCUACAUUUUUCAACCAACGUCGAAUGCUGGCUGUUUAUACACAUGAAUACGACCCUUCAGGUACACGUUUGUUCACAGCAGGUGGUCCAAUCGCUUCCACAUUUCAUGGGAAUGUCGCUGCCUUAUGGGAGUAAAGCUUGUAUUUUACUAGUACUACUAUUUGUUUUAUUUCACCAGCGGUCUUUCUAUGUGUUUGCGUAUGCGUGUUGGCACAUAACUUACUGACCAUUAGAAUAUCUAUUCACAUAAUGUAUUUACUUUUCUUAUUGUCAAAAUUUUUUUUCCUACUUGUUUCUUCAGUGUUAAUGUAUCUAUUUGCUUAUUUUCUCCUUGACAUGCUCACUAUAUAUGUUCUUCACUUUCCUUAUCUAUGUAGACUGUUUCAUCAUUACUUGGAUGCUUUAUGCUGUUUAUACUGUAGCUUUACUGUUGUUCACUUCUGUGAUUUCAUUUCAGCAUCUUUUUAUCUAUGUUCAGAAGUUAAUUUCUUGUUUAUACUUGUCCUAGGUUAAUAAUAGUCGAGUUGUUUAUAACCAUAUUUACAUUCAAAAUAAUUAUAACAUCUAUAGAUAAUCAUCAAUCGAAUUCAGAUAUUCACUCAUUACUGAUUACAUUUAAUGUUCGCACUAUAAGAACAUGUACUUUAUUUCCCAAGGCUUCCUUAUAUACAACAAAAUUUCCCUGUAUAAUCUGUACAUAUUACUUUCUGAUUAAUACCAAAUAAAUUGUAUUUUUCUUGUGUUCAUUUUGUGGUAUUUUCGUUUAUUUGCAAAUUGUUUUCCGUUGGAUUUAGGUUUUCAUCUUGGUUUGUGAUUUUUAUCUGUUAAUUUGAGUUCCUGAUUAAACUAACAUUCCCAUUUAUCCAUGCAGUUAAAUCAGUUCUGAUUUUCGGAGGUGUUGAUAUAUAAGUAACGUAGUCGGUGUGCACUGAACUAAUUAUUUCUAGUUUUAAUUAGUGUAAUUAAGUAAAAGCGCUCCCGUACAUACCAUAUUGGUAAAACUUGUACCUUACGGCUGAGGAAUGUAGUCGUCAGUUAUAAGUCAACUCAAUAUGGUACUGCGCAGUUGUAUGAACAGUAUAAGUCAGUGGAGCUUCUCAACUGCGAGGGCCUUUAUUGUUCGUGAUAAUUAGAGGUUAUAUCACUCAUUUCUGAGUCACUAUUUGGAAUGCGAACACGGAUCAAACCUAAUCAAAAUCAAUCCAUUAGAAUUAAUGUAUAUGUACUAUUUAGGAACUAAAAUGUGCCUGGACUUGAUGAUUAAAGACAUUUAAUUAAAUAUAAAUUACGGUGCAGUAAUAAAAAUCGGUUUAUGGUUCCCAUCAUUGCAAAUUAAACAACUUUGUGUCUUAAUAUUACUUCUACUUGCCUUUCGU